AUGACGCAGGUGCUGCCAGUUUUGUUCGUCGCUGAUGAGUUAAUGUCCCAACGCUCGGCUGAACCCGGUCCUCUUUCUCUCGUUGGAAGUUCAUCUGCUGCAAGCAUGAGUGGCCGAGGCGGAACUCCUUACAUCGGCAGCAAGAUAAGCCUGAUAUCGAAGGCGCAGAUUCGUUAUGAAGGGGUUUUAUCCUACGUGGACACUGAAAGGUCCACUGUUGCUUUGGCCAAAGUCAAGUCAUACGGGACUGAGGACCGGCACGCUGGCAGCCCACUUCCACCAAAAGAUGAAGUCUAUGAAUACAUAAUAUUUCGAGGGAGUGACAUAAAGGAGAUCACCGUCUCCGAGCCAACAAAACCGCAUCAUGGGCUGCCUCGAGAUCCUGCUAUUGUACAGUCAUCUCUCGGGAGCUCCCCUGGUGGAUAUCGGCCACGCUGGAGCCCUUACCAAGACGUGAUGCCCACCUACAAUCAGCUGGCUCCCGGCUCUCUCCUCAACCAGCAGUACGGCGCAGUGCAGGGUCUAGGGUUCCACGGUAUCCCCGCCAGAAGAGCUCCGAUGGUCGAGCAAGCCGUUCAGACGGUUCCUUUGGCCAGCAGUGCUCAGAAAAAGGGGAAAUCCUCAACUCAGCCGCAGCAGCUCAGACAGACUGUUCGUCCAGCCCAGCACGCCGUCUCCCAGGUUCAGAAAGAGAAUGUCCCCAACAAUCAAACCGCAUCCCAGCCAAGUGAAAGCAAAACACAAGGCCGAAGCACUGAGAAUAAAAAACAAAGGCGAAAACAAGGAAGCCGCAGGUCCAGGAACUGGAGCAGGGGCCAAUUACUUGUGAAGAAUUCAAAAUCCAACACUCUGAAGUUUGAGUCAGACUUUGAUUUUGAAUCGGCAAACGCUCAGUUUAAAGAUGAUCUCACAAAGGAGGUUGUAGUUCAGGCCUCCUCAUUGGAGGCCCCUGAGAGCGCGCGUACACAGGAGGAGGACACGCCCGGUGAGAAGUACUACGACAAGAGUAAGGGCUUCUUUGACAACAUCUCUGCAGACAUGAAGCCCAGGAGGACCACGUGGGCAGAGGAGAAAAAGUUGAACCUGGAGACUUUCGGCGUACAGGGGCGAUUCCUGAGAGGCAGAGGAUUCCGGGGGCGGGGCCGCAAAGGGCUGAAAAAAGCUGAACAGCGACCCCUCCCCAAAAUUGAUGGCGGCAGAGUGUGAAAGUUUUGACAUUUAUGUUCUGUAAAUAGAGGUUGUAGUUUUCUACUCAUUUAAGAAGUGCCUCCUCCUUUUUCAAUUUGAAGCAUUCAAAGUACGUUUUUUUUUCUUUACUCUGUAUUUACGGGAAUACUGUACAUUUUCUAGAAUGUAAAACGGGAGAGAAGUUUAUUUUUUAUUCCAGCAGCCGCAUACCAAAGGAAUGUGUUCAUUUGUAGUUGAGCAAGCAAUGCCAGACAUGUCCUGCAACAGAGUAUCGGGCAUGCAAUUUAAUUUUGUCUGAAUGUUUUGGGUUUUUUUUUUCCUGCGCUUGACUGUCCGCAGCCAUCCAAACUGGUCUGAAAGGUUAUUCUCAAGUGGAAUGGAUAGUCGACUGGACUUUGUUUUCUCCAACCGAUAAUGUUUGUGAAACAAGUGUAGCAGUUGCAAUUAAAUGGGAUUAAGCUGCG